AUGCAGGGACAGUCCCUGCAGCGAGGACCUCCUUUCCCUGACUGCGCCCCUAGAUUUCCCCGGAAUGGCCGGCAUCCACUCUUCCCUUUUGCACUGCUGUCGGAUCACAGUCGUUCGCAGCCUUUGCCUAGCCAUUUCCCCAUCCCCCUUGUCCUCAAGGUGUCAGUCUUAGCACAAAGAACAACCUCCUAUUGUGUCUCCAGCGUGGAUCACCUCAUCCGGCUCCCUUCCACGGCCCCACCUCUCGCUUCCCCGGCAACUCUGCUCAGGCUACCUUGCCCCGCCCCCUUUUGGCCUCUGAGAAAACGUGGCAGUGCGGAUCGCCCGGGGCAACCGGUUGGCGCUACCAGGCCUGGCCGUUUACACGCGUGGCCGAGGACCCGGCCCGAGUGCGAAGUACUGAACGGUAGGAAGCUGCAGCCCCGCGAGUGGGCGGGGCGAGGAGGCUCUGGAGGGUUCAAAAGGAGGUGGAGGGAUACACGGGCCGCAGUCGGAACUACUUUCUGAAGGGGGUCACGUGUUCUAGUUGGGGAACUUUCCAAAUUCCCACUCCCCUAUGAUAGCUCCGGAGGCAAGUGUUAUGCGUCCUUUGCCUAGGGAGCCUCGGCCGGCUGCAAGCAACGGGACCAGAGUCCCAUCCCGGUCGCGGCGGGAAAAGGGGAUCAGAUGAGCCUCCCGGAGGAGCGCUGUCGGGGCUAGCGCUGGCGGAACUGGUUACACAAGCACCCACAUCCCAACACGUGCCUCCGCCUCCCGGCUUGCUGGCCGCUGCCAAUUCUUGCAGAAUACCGGAACGGAGACCCCAGGCUGGACCCACUCUUGGGCAUGCGACCAACAGAGCAAGCCAAAGGCCGAGAACUGACACUCUGCUCUGGAUCGACCUUUCCUGCGCGUUCCCAAUAACGUGGGAAAAGAAGCCCGGCGCAAGGGAUCUGGGGAAUCUCCCUCGCUGAUGCCCUGCCACUUCGAGUGAACCCUUUUGGUUCUGUGCUCCCGAAGCAAAAGGGUAUCUCCAGGUGCAGCUCGCUGCUUGGAUUCCCUAGUGUUGCAACAAACUUCCAAUCACUACCCCUGAGCUGGUGAGCGCGCCCCACCUACUGUAGACUCAGCCAAGUGACGUAUCUGGUCCGGGAACCUAGUCAAGGGCCUAUCAGCCCCAAACGAACCUAUAAAGUCUGCUUACAGCCCCGGAUUGGUUGACCUGUCCUCAUGAGAGCGCUUGUUCAGAAAUGCUGAGCUGAAGUACAUUUCCCCUGACACCAGAAAGCUACAAAGUAGUCCCCGUUAUGCAUAAAAGAGAAUGGGCUUCAACAUCAAUCUAGGAUUUUAUUUUUUCCCUGGGGAAGUAGAACCCAAGAUGACAAUUCAAGUCCAAAAUAUCUUAUUUGAAACCUAGGCUAGGCACUCGGGUGUUUUUCAAAAUUUGAGAAAAUGAGAAUCUGUGUGUGUUGCCAUAAUUGUGAGUAGAGCGUGAUAAGGUCUGAAGAGGAUUUAUGCAGGGUGUAAAAAGAUUGUAUAUGUGCACAUCAUAGUUGCAGGUAGCCCCUGAAGACUAGAAUUCCCAAGAGGCCUAGCUCAGAAAGCCACAGGCCAUUACCUAACUCAAGGACUACUAAUUAAACCAAGGAUAUUUACAGUAUUCUUAGAGAGCUCUGAGGCUCUAUAAAACUUUGCAUUUAUAUACCGCGCCUUUUUAAGACACCUCUCUGGUAGUUAACCUGCUGAAGCGUUGAUGUUUAUAUUUAUCCAAGGAUGGUUUUGUGCAUGGUUCCGGUUAGCUUGAGAGAAGAAGGGACUACAAGUGGAAAAGAAAAUGGAGAGAAAUCAGAAAAGAGUAAGAGAAAUGCCUCUAUUUGCUUUACAAAGAUACAAGUCCUGUCCACACAGCCUAGUGCGAGCUAGAGAUUUCAUUUUACAAGUAACCAAAGAUAAGGAGUCCCUGAUGUCUAGGUGUUUUGCUAGAUUGCAUGGUAAAAACUUGAGCUGUACUCAAUUGCAUAUUAACCACUGCUUGGUUGAAAAAAGGGAAAUGAAGAUGAACUUAAAUAAAGGAAAGUAGAUUGGGGAGGGGUACAAUGUUCAACACUUAUUUCUCAAUUUGCUGAUUUUUGUCCCCAUAGCACCUGUUACUAGCACUGCCCUAUUCUGCCCCUCCCCUGGAGCCUACCCCUAUGUGACCAUUAGUCUCAGGAUCUGAGAAGCUCUUAAACAUGCUUACUUGGAAGAAAAUGAAGCAGGGUUCACUCCUGUCUCUUCAAUUCCGUGACACAGAAUUACUGUGGAGCAGAGAAGAUUUGCAUCACCAGCACCAAAGUGCUGGAAUAUGACACCACCCAGCAAGCACUUCCAUCUGGCUGAAGGAAGAAAACGGGAAAUAGGUUUUGCUGCUUCUCUAAACAUCAGGUUCCUCUACUUCACUCUAGUGGUGAAUGAAAGGAUCACCAAUGUUGGCAGAAACUUAGCCAGCUUGACAGCAACAUCAGGUGGUUAUUAGGAACUGCUGAUUAAAAACCUCCUCCUAUU